AUGCCUACAGUAAUUGACAUGGAAGACGAUGGAGAACAUAGCAUGGGAAUUGCUUUGGGAAAAGAUUCAAUGUUUGUGAAUCGUCAAGUUAGUAAUGAUGAUGAUUUGUAUGGAGUGAUUGUGAAUAGUGAGGAAGAAGCAUUUAACCUCUACUGUGAGUAUGGUGCUAGAAUGGGGUUUAGUGUUCGGAUAAUGCAGAGGAGGAAAACCAACAAUAUUGUGAAGCAAGUUAAUUAUUGUUGUUCAAAAGAAGGUUUUAAACUAGAUAGUGAUCCUUCGGAAGUGAAAAAGGAAGAUAGGCUGGACACUAGAACUGGUUGCACAGCAAAAACUCGAUUUGGAUUGCAAGAUAACAAUUUAUGGAAAGCGACUCUCUUUGUCCCUGAACACAACCAUAAGCUUGCAGAGCCAGAAGAAGGACAAUUUUUGCGCUCCAAUCGAAAAGUUUCAAAUGCUCAUCAGGGGAUGAUUAAAUCAAUGAAAACCGCAGGUAUGAGUACCAUAAAUACAUAUUCAUAUUUUGCAGAAGAAGUUGGGGGAUCUCAAAAUGUUGGAUUUACAAAGACUGACUACUUCAAUUUUGUAAGCAGAGAGAGAAUGAUUAUGCUUGAAGCAGGGGAUGCUCAAAGCUUGAUCAAUUUAUUCAAGAGAAAGCAAAUUGAAGAUCCUAUGUUUUUCUACAUCGUGCAAGUGGAUCAAGAAAAUCGAAUGACAAACUUUUUUUGGAGAGAUGGGAAGUCAAAAAUCGACUUUGAAUGCUUUGGGGAUGUAGUAGUAUUUGAUACUACUUACCGCACCAAUAAGUAUAACAUGAUUUGUGCUCCUUUCGUUGGGGUUAACCACCAUUGGAAAAAUGUGUUGUUUGGUUGUGCAUUUUUGCUAGACGAGACGACUACUUCAUUUAUUUGGUUAUUUGAGACAUUCUUAGAAGCGAUGGAAGGUAAGAAACCCAAGACUAUCUUUACUGAUCGAUGUCAGGCAAUGACAAAUGCCAUUGAGAAGGUCUUUCCUGAGACACGCCAUCGGUUAUGUUUGUGGCACAUAUCAAAGAAUGCGGUACAAAACUUGAAUUGGCUGUAUAGAAACUCUGAUUUUGGUGAGCUCUUCAAGAAGUUGCUAUUUGGACGUGUGACAGAAGAUGAAUUUGAGUCUACUUGGGAUGAAAUAAUACAGAAGUUUGACCUUGCAGGGAACACAUGGCUCCAGACACUCUAUGAUCUUCGUGAAAAAUGGUGUGCAUUAUUUAGCAAUGAUACAUUUUCUGCCGGAAUAUUAUCUACACAAAGAAGUGAGAGCAUAAACAAUGUGUUUACCCUCAUGUCUACUAAAACACUGAGUCUCACUGAAUUUGUGCAUCAUUAUGAUAAACAGGCAGAACAAAUGCGUUCAAGUGAAUUGGAAGAGACUUUUCGAUGCAAUAACAGAAUACCUACUAGGGCUACAAAAAGUAGUGGAAUUAAGAAGCAAGCUGGUAUGGUCUACACUCGAAAAAUUUAUAAUUUAUUUGAGUUUGAGUUUAUCGCUAGCUUGGCAGUGAAGAUGGAGGAAGUUGGAAGUGAUGGGACAUUGCAGACAUUUGAGCUUAAUGAGGAGGGCCAUAAAAGAGUAUACAUUGUCCAAUUCAAUUCUUCGAAUCUGACCAUCUCCUGUAGUUGUCAGAUGUACGAAUCUAUGGGCUGGUUAUGCCGUCAUACUUUGAGGGUUUUGAAUGUGAAAAAUAUUACUCAAAUACCAACACAGUAUAUACUAAAGAGAUGGAUGAAGGAUGCAAAGAAAGGAGUUGAGGCCAAUAGUGUACCGGUAGAGGUCAAGGAGAAAACAACAGUGACAUUGCGCAGGAAUACUUUAAUGCGAAAGGCUUAUGGUAUAAUCAGUAAGGGAGCAGAGAUAACUAGUGGCAGUGACAUUGCGAUGCAAAAACUAAUAGAAGCAGAAGAAUUAAUUGCUAAGAAUAUGAAGAAGUUAUCUGUUGCGGGAGUUCUUGAGGUUACUGGUGCUAAUGCUUCUGCUAGUGGUGCUAACAAAAAUGAUACUACAUUUGAGGAAACACCAGUACUCAAUCCAGCAGGAAAAGUCAAGCCACCGAUCAAUGAAGGGUCUUCACAUACAUCACUUCAUGUAGUCCAUAAUUCAAGCUUGCCUCACCCAUUUGUUGCAUCGAAUGAUACAAAUACCAUUCACCAGCAAUUUCCAACUAUGAGCUUGCCAACAACUAAUGGUUAUGCUCAUUACGGUCUAUAUAAUCAGAAUCCUACUUCUAUGUUGCCAUUUUCUCAACUCAAUUUAACAUAUGCAAAUAUGCAUCAAGGGGGUAACUAUAUCACACAGUUGAAUCAGCUGUUCUACGAAUUUGCUGAUAUGGGUCUUGAGGGUCAGCUCCUCCUCGUCGGAUGGCUUCGCCUUGCAGAGCAUACAUAUGCCAUCGUCGUCGCAGGGCCGUUGGCUAACGUGCACCAUGGCCUGGGAUACGAGCUUGUACUUUGCCCUACCACCAUCAGAAUAGCCGGAACGAGAAGUGGAGAAUGCCGGGUCAGAGAGACUGAUCCGGUUCCAGUGACUAAGAACCUCAACUCAUUUAUAAAGAGCUUUGAGGAAUAG